AUGGCAUUGGGCUCUGAAGGAUUAAGAGCGUACAGUGCGCCGGGGAAGGCGCUAGUGGCCGGAGGCUACUUGGUGUUGGACAGAGCGUACGAUUCCUACGUGGUGGCAUUGUCCUCCAGAAUGCACGCGGUGGUGAAGAAGGACGAUGGUGGUGCUGGUGAAGAAGAGACGGUGGUGUCCGUCAAGAGCCCGCAGUUCCUCGAUGGUGAAUGGGUCUACCUGUUUAAGGACGGCGUGUGCACUGAGCAGAAUGGUAAAGUGAACCCCUUUGCACAAUCCACAGUGUCUACAGUAUUGGCCUAUAUCAAUCCAAAUCAACAUUCCAAGAUCCAAAUAACAGUGUUUUCAGAUUCUGGUUACCAUUCACAAGAGAACACAACCACCAGAUCAUCUGGAUCAAGACAAUACUCUUACCAUUCACAAAAGAUCACAGAUGUCCCUAAAACCGGACUAGGUUCAUCUGCUGGGUUAGUCACCGUGUUAACAACUGCUCUUUAUUCAUGUUAUUCACCAGAUUUAGAUUUGAAAUCAAAACAACAGCUACAAAUAAUACACAAUCUUGCUCAAAUCGCUCAUUGUCAGGCACAGGGGAAAGUUGGUUCAGGAUUCGAUAUUGCUGCAGCCACUUUUGGUUCCAUCGUUUAUAAAAGAUUUGAUCCUUCAUUAAUCAACAAUUUAAAACCUGCAAAUGAAAUCACCCCCUUAGAAGACCAUAAACAAUUGGUUAAAUUAGUUAAUGAAACUAAGUGGGGUAUCAGAAAUGAUAAAGUCGCUUUACCUAAUGGUAUUAGAUUGAUAAUGGGUGAUAUCAAAGGUGGUUCAAAUACUCCGAAAUUAGUUUCAAAAGUUUUGAAAUGGAGAAGUGAAGAUCCCGAGAGUUCUAAAAUUUAUAAUGAAUUAGAUAAGUCAAAUAUGAAAUAUGUUGAAUCUUUAGAUAAGAUUAAUAAAUUAUGUGAUACAAAUCCAUAUGAAUAUGAAAAAUUACUUGAUUUUGUUAAAACCCAUAAUUCAAUUCAAGUUAUGGAAUCUGAUGAAGAAAAACUACAAUUUUUUAAACAAAUUAUAAAAGCAACUUCAAUUGUUCGUUCAAAUUUUAGAAAAAUAACUAUUAAAUCAGGUGCUGAAAUUGAACCAGAACCUCAAACAAGAUUAUUAGAUGAAUGUAAUAAGAUCAAUGGUGUCAUCUCUGGUGUGGUCCCAGGUGCUGGAGGAUAUGAUGCCAUUAGUUUAUUAGUUGAGGAAAGAUCUGUUGAUAAUUUGAUACAAUCCACCAAGAAUAAUGAAUUAUUUCAAAACGUAACUUGGAUGGAUCUCCAUGAAGAAGCUGAUGGGAUCCAAAAAGAGCAACUCGGAGACUACAUAGAGCUCCUAUAG